UGCGUUAUUACCAUGUAAGCCGGAUGUCAGAAAAGCGGUAAAACUGGUUGACAUUCAGAAAUAUUUUCAAAAUUCAAAUGAAUUAAGCACGAACAUGUCGCUUAUUUUAAAAAACUUGUGCACGAGCAAGUGAAAGUAUGUGGAUCCUGUGCGAAAGACAAGUGUUCCCAGGCUCUUAGGAAGUCCCUAGAUGGUCUAGAUUUUAAGGAAUAGUAUGGUCUUUGAACAUCAAUGGUAGCUCUGGUGGUGGUGAUAAUUUGUUUGGUGGAAGGAAAAUGGAUAACAUAGUUUUCCACUCUGACAGAUUUGAGAUAUUGAUCGAUGUUAGAGGCUUUCGUCCAGAGGAUAUAAGUUGCAAAAUUUCACCGAAUAUGGUGGAGGUGUUCGCCCAGAGACAGGAAACGGCAGACGUUGUCGGCCGCAUCAUCUCUUUAUCCAGAAAUUAUCAAUUGCCCCAAAAUGUUAGACCAGAGAAUGGCGACUGUUAUCUUUCCUCGGAAGGUGUGCUAUUGGUCACAGCUCCUUGGCAAUAAUGACAGUGAAUCGAUUAUAAAAUCCUUUUAUGCAAGUAAUAAAAAAUACUGAGCGCAGACGCUGAAUCACGUGUAUUUUAUGAGAAGCAAAUAUAAGUAAUUCCCAAAAA